GUCUACUUCUUCUUCUUCUUCUUCUCUCCCUCAUACCUCAAUUGCAACAACAUACCUACCUACCUACAUACCUAGGUACCUACUUGCGACUGCGAAGAACCCGCCUCCAGGAACCCAGGAUACGCGACACUCUCACCAACCUACAGCCCCGGCGAGCACGCAUUUCUCGCUGUCCGCGCUCCCGCACUCGCGACGGGAAACCCCCGGCCUGCCUCACCUACCAGGCAAAUCGGCCAUGGCGUCCCAGGCGAGCGUCGGUGACCCCCCCAAACCACCCCAGGCACCCCCACCGCCUCAGAUAGCGAUCAUACUCCGUAACAUUGACGAGCUCGUCGAAAAUAGCCUUGCCUUGAAUGAGAACGCCCGGGCGAGGUACGCUGGCAACGACGCAGACCUUCGCGAUCACCAAUCCAGCUUGCUUGGCGCGUUCAGAGAGCUGAUGGUCGCCGUCCAGAGCAAGACGGCAAAGGCAAUCCACGAGGUGGAGACCAAGAUAGGGCAUCCAGCCCACGCCAGUAUUGCGCCUACCGCCGUUUCCCUCAACAACCUACCCGGCGUCGACCCGGCGAGCGAUCUAAACCGGCUUCUGGGGUGCCAAGCGCACCCGAGCGGCAAGGUCAGCUAUAAACUCCGCGAAUUCGCUACCGAUCUGGCGGAUAUCGAGCUGGUGGUCGAAAGCGACGGCACCGCUCCCGGCUUAUCGCAUCGAGGGCCUGCGGCAGUGCUGCAGCCUACGCUACGGAACGUCUGGGUGAUUCAGCAUGCCUUCAUAAAGAUGCUGAAGCAUAAGGAGGAGCUGGUCAAGAACUAUCUGGACGGCGCCGACCUGAAGGCCGGAACCAGCCGCAAAUAUCUGCGCGAGUACUACGAAGAUCUCAGCUUGGCCAACUUGCCGUGGAAGAGUAAGCUCGGCAACCUGCUAGAUGUCAAGCGCUCUUCCUUCGAAAUCACGGCCCACGAUCUCACCGUGGUGCUUGCCGUGCCCGCUCCCGGCGGCCUGAAGUACGUAGAGGCGGUCACCGGAAACGUCCUUAGCGAGAAAGUCAAGGACGACAGAACCUCCCAUCUCGUGCUCCCCGUCACCGAAGCUAGCAUGAAAAAGCUGUACGACACGUACCGGUCUCUUAGGAAAGGUACCUCAAGCCAACGACGCGCGACCAAGGACAAGGACUUCGCGGCUACGCAACCAGUCGACGCGGUGGCAGAACUCGAGAAGAUGUUCAAUUUUUCCGGACGCGAACCGUUCGACGUGGUAUCUGGUGGUAAUAAACGUCGUCGUUUGCUAGACGACGACGGCGGCAGAGAAUAAUUGUUGCCUCUGGCCUCGCUAACUACCCGCAAAAUGCUCCUUUGCGGUUCCACCUCGCAUAGGGGAACUCUAGCAAGGAGUAUUCACAAAAUCCAUUCCUCCUCCGGCAACAGGGGUGCACAGCCCUCGUAUGUUACGGAAAGUCGCUCGUUGCUAGCUAGCGGACGAUGUACAGCGGCGCUGGGAGUGGUCUGCUAACGUAAGGAGGGGAGACACCCUAUUGACAGGUGUACGCAUUGCGGUCUCACUCAAUCAUGUUCCUCUAGAGUCGUGAGCAUAUAUCGCUCUUAGAACCACGCGUAGGCGUUGGAAUAGCCUGCGAAAUAUCUGGAAAGAGUGCCAGCGUUGGGAAUUUAGAAGAAACGAAAUAUGGACAUAGGAGAAGCUGGUGGACUUUCUCUCUUUCUCGCUGUCUGCCGUAGGGUAGCAAGGGUCCCAUCGACGGAUCCGUUAGAUGACAACGCGCAUUUACUAGGUAGGUAGGUACAUAAACCUGCCCGCCCAUAACCCCUAGAUCAGUAGGUUACUUAACGAAGGAUAGGUUCGAUUCCUAAUAGCGCUACUUGGUAGUCUUCGCUACUUAGCUCAUCUCCCCUGAAAACCAAGCCUACCGU